GUGUUUGAUCGUCGGCGGCUCAAGCAAAGCCACUGGGAAAAAGCACCGGCACGGCACGUAUGUCCUUGAUUAACAAGAAAAUAAAAGAUCGGUUUACCUCAUCCUUAUCGGAUUCAUUUAUUUUCCACCUUCCUUCUUCUGUUCCUACUCAUGUUCAAAUCCGUAUAUUGCCAAAGCUAGUUAUCGGGAUGAGAGCAUUUCUUGUGGUUGAUCUGAUUGAUUUUGGACUGAGUCAAGUUGUUUGUUAUGCUGUUGGAGGAAGACACAUUUUGCACAUGGUCUGCCAAGUAACAGUGGCAGCAUAUAAUGCUAUAUUUGGUCAAACGGGUCCUAAGGUUGGAAGUUUUGAUGCUGGUUAUGGAAGUUCUAUCAUGUCUCGUUUGGUUGGUCAUAAAAAGACAGGAGAAAUGUGGUUUAUGAUGAGGUUCUACACAGCUUCUGAAGCAGAGGAAAUGGGACUUAUCAAUACAGUUGUGCCGCUAGAAAAGUUGGAGAAAGAAACUAUGAAAUGGUGCAGAGAAAUCUUACGGAACAGUCCAACUGCAAUCCGAGUGCUUAAGGCAGCGCUGAAUGCUGUUGAUGUUGGCCAUGCCGGACUUCAGGUACCUCCUUCAACCAACUUGCUUAGUCUCAUUCUGUUCUAAAGGAGCAAAGUCCUAUAGUCAUUACACAUUUUUUCUAAUAACUAUUUUCAUUACAGCAUUUGUCCUCAUUCCAAUCCAAGUCCUUUUUCAUUUGUUAUCUUUUGUUUACUAUAAAUGAUUUUAUGAAAAUAAAUUUUAAUUCAUAAA